AUGGAUACAGAAGACAUAGGCUCAGGUAAACUAGGCCAAAUAUUGAAGCAGAUUUGGAGACAAAACCUGCUGCUAAAGCAGGCACUCCUGGGUGAAGACCAUUGUGAAGGGGCUGGUGGGGCCACUUGGAUAGCCACAGUGGUCUUUCUGGGUCAAGAACUCAGUGCAGCCCUUCACCAGCUCUUGGAGCACACUGCAAGGACUCUGCGCUCCGCCUGCCAGCAGCUGCAUAUACUGCUUGACAAAGACGAUCAUUGUACCUGGAGACAAGAAAUCAUGACAUUCAUAGACUGCCUCAUGAAAAUAAAGGAAUAUUUGAGGAGCACUGCUACAUUUCUACAGAAAGAAGAAAAGGAGAUGUGUAAUUUAUGCGGCAUGCGUGAUGAAUGUACUCCACUGCAGACAAUGUCCGCCAUUCAAGAUAUCAAAGCAACAGACAUUGCUACAAGAGGCGAACAAAAUGUCAUAGAAACAGCUACUGUUUCUCCCACAAAUGGAGAGGAAAGCCAUUACACAAACCAGGUCCAGUUUAAAAAAAAUAAAAUACAUAGGAGUUCAGAAUUAGUGGAAGAAGAAAACAAUACUUCAUUGAAUGGAGAUGUAACAGGGCAAGAAGAGUCACAGAACAAAAUGUUCCCAGAUAAUGCAGAAAAUGAAGAUGAUAAACAAAUAGAACACAUGACUAUUGAGAACAUAAAGGGCAACAGGGAAGAGACACAUGACAUAAUUCAGACAACAGAAAAAGAAAUUCAAGAGACCUCAGAAAGCCAAAGAGAAGAGAUUACCACAUCCUCAACAACACGUGAUAUCUCCAAUAAAUAUGUGAAUAGUCUUCUUCCCAGUGAUUCAGAGAGUCUAAAGCAAAAGAAUAACAUCAUGGAAAAGGAGUAUCUUGAUGUGCUGAAUGAUGAUUCUGUCCCCCAAGUGUCUUGUUAUAUUACAGCACCAUCCUAUGUUCUACAACAUCUAGAAUGCCGGAUAAUUAAUAAUAUGAGUUCUUUAAUAGUGCGUGAACAUGAAGAAUUGGUCAGCAAUGUCAUCACUGUUGAGUGCUCCGACACGGAAAAGAGAAUUCCAUUUCCCAUACGCAUUGCAAUUCCAUUUACUGCACGUUACAGGGGAAAUUACAGAGACAUCAUGGUGAAAGUGUCUGACGUAAACCUUCAAUCAACUUAUGUGACUCCAAAUUCACUGGAAGGAAUGAGAGGAAGUUACAAGGGGACCUGUGCUGAAGUGAAAGUUUACAAGUUGGGUAUCUUUUCUGUUGUGUCUUGUUUAAAGAAAGAGUCCUUUACUGUAACAAAGAAAGGCCUUACUCUUAAGCCAAGCAUGGAUUCUCGAAUAUCCUUAAAUUACCCUCCAGGAGUUUUCAGCUCAUCAGUGCUUGUACAAUUAAAGGUCCAACCAAUUGACCCGUCUCUGGUGGCAUAUUUAAAAACUCAGCAAGAUACUUCCUACUCUUUACUAUCUACAAGCCCUCUGAUUCAUGUUCAGCACCCAUCAACACAUCCUUUCCAGAAGCCAAUCACUGUAUUCCUACCUUGUUCUCCACAUCCUGAUAAAAAGAAUCUUGGGUCUGAGAUAGAUCAUAAAAGAACAGCUAGUGCCACAACAAACAGAAUCACACCUUUAUACCUCAACCGGACAAAAAGCACUUCCAUGAGAAAACCUGGGAACAAUGCCUGUGAAUGUUUGAAAUUAUUGGGAUUCAGAAGCGGAGACAGUGGUUGGUUUGUGCUUGAUGAUGUUGUGGUGAGAACCAUGCAGAGUGGCUUGAUCUCAUUUGAACUGUGUGAACAUUUAGAGAGGUUUCUCGCGCUUCACCUGUCUUCCAUUGUGGACAACAGCCGUUUGGUUUCUUUUGUGAAGUCUUUGGAGGAAGCCAUGAUCAGCACAACUGCCUGUGUGGUACUUUAUCACCAGAAAGACAAUCCACAUAGAAUCGUCAUUUUAGUGGUGCCUUCUAAAGAUUUACACCAGGUGCUUAGGAACUUGCGCUUGGAAGCGUCUGGUGGUCCUCCAGAGCCAUCUCGCCAUUUCCAAGUGAAAGAAGGAGAACAACUUCUUUUAAGGUUUACUGGAAAUAUAUUUGCUUCAAGCAAUGGGAAGGAUUAUGGAAAAGACUACAAGCUUAUUUUUCAUUUACAAAGGAAACCUAGACUGGAACUCCAAAUCAAAGAGGUGGAUGAAUUUGGAAACUAUAGCUGUCCACAUUAUAAGGGUACCAUUGUAGUUUAUAAAGUACCUAAAGAAAAGAUAGUCUACAGCUUGGAUCAAUCUCUUAUACUUAAUGAAACCAAUUAUCAGUUGCCAAUUUGCAAAUUACCAUUGAGAUUGCCAAAGCAUGAAAAAUUAAUCAACCGUCCACAGAGUACCAAAAGAAUGUCUACAAAUCCUCUAGAAGCCCUGUGGGACAACUUGCUCUACUGGCUGGCAGACGAGCUCUCAGAAGAAAACGCCCUGAGUCUCUCCACAUCCCUCCCUCUUCGCCGCAGCACCAUUCAGCUCAUCAAACUGAAGAACCCUGAUGAUCUCACAGAGCAGACCCACGAACUUCUUUGCUUUUGGAAAAGAUCCCUCCCAAAUUCCACCGAUAAACUUCGCCUUCUGGCUCGCCAUCUCCGCAAGAUCGGCAGGAGUGACCUUGCAGAAGAGCUCAGAUUCAAGUGGGAAAAUAAAGUGUUCACCGAACCACAGCAGUGGUCUGAGGUGGCAGAGUUAAGCCCUGUUGCUCUUCCUUUUGCCCUAGAAAAAGGGUCAUAG